UAGGAGUCACUGAUGUGUGACACAAUAUUACACCACCGAACGCAACUUCGUCCACAAAUCUUCUGGUUUUUUCUAAACGAUCAACUUAUUUAACAGUCCGGAUGUAAUCCUUGUUGAAGCAUAAAAAGCCAUGACCAAAAACAGUGGAAACAAGAAACAGACGAAAAGCCAACGUCGAGAAGAGCUUGAAAGGAAAAGAGACGAUCGAGUGAGGCGAAAUGCCAUAAAGAAAGAGCGGAAAGCGAAGGAGUAUUUGGAAGACGAUGACACUUUUUUUAGUUUUUCAAACCAGUUGGAGGCUUUGAGUUUGAAAAUCAAGGAUAUUCCUGGAGAUGGGUGAGUUAUAAAAUAUGCCCGUUACGAAUUUCGCGCGAGUUUGUCGACCUAAUACAUUUUAUAAAGAGGUUUUGCUUCCACGAUUGAUUUUGCUUGAUCAUGUCACAAUUGAUAAGUAACUGCAUAUACCCUGCCACUUUAAAGCUGUAUCCCCUAAAGAGCUGGAUACUUGGAAACGCAGUUAUCCCUUUUAUGCGCUUUUCUACCUUCAGUGGCUUUAACGACAAAUAGACAUACUACCGUAAAGUUCCGAAAGUUAAACGAGCCUUGUCACUUUCGGAUUUAGCAGCCUUUUCCUAUCACUACUUUCGGAGGGUCGCUAAGCCCUUUUAGUAAAAUCCAGCAAGUGGUCUAUUAUCAAUGCUGCAUUCUGAUUGAUUGAGCUACUACUAGGGUUUAUGUUAUAGGUGGUUUUCACGUUACGUCAUCGCCGCCAUGCUGGUUCACGGUAAACAAAAGAUCGCUCAUUAGAUCGUUUUGUUUGUCCACCAGCAUUUGUUCAUUUCACCAUUGUUAUUUGUGUCUCCCGAGAUUGCAUGAAAACCACCUAUAGCCCACUAGUAGCGAAAAUAGGCUUUUGUACAUUAUGCUUUUGCUUCCCCACUAAAAUGCUCCACCUUAAUGCUAUAUUUUUCCCACUAAAAUGCUCGGUCUCCCCAAAAAAGUCACUAAAAUGCUCGGAUAAUGCUCAUUAUGCAAACGGUUUUUUAAAUUAAUUUCAAAGUUUACACUUACAAAAACGUGCAAGUGUUGCAAGUAACAACAACAACUUGUACAAGUUCAUAAAUACAGCCAAAAAAACAGCUGUAUUAGGUUUUUUGUGAAUUUUGAGUUUUAAUCUUCAUUUUCUCUAAAAAUGCAGGAGCUUGUGGGGCAUGGGCUCCCGAAAAAAGUUAAUUUCUAUUUUAUUUUCUCGGAAGAAAAUUAAUUUUCCCGGGAAAAUGCCACUAAAAUGCUCGAAUAAUGCUCAAUGCUUUUGCCUCACUAAAAUACUCGAGAAAAUGCUACAGCCAGUUGCAGAAACGUUGAGACACUCUCACGAAAAAAACAACCUGUCUUGCUUCAAAUCGCUGCUAGUCACAGGUCUGUGAGAUAAAAUACUGAGCCCCCCUCCUCCCCCCAUUCAAAGUUGUUCCUCCAUGUUUUGAGCAUGGUCUUGUAUUGCCAGCAACUUUGAAAAGGGGUGGAGGGGGGAUCACAAGCACAAGAUCAUGGACAGGCAAUUUAAGCCAAAAUACGGUACAGUGUCUCAAGUACUUUUGCAACUGGCUGUCUCAUUUACGUUUUACUUCAAAAAGCGAUUUCCACGUCUCAACUUCCCAAAGUGAAGACUAUAGCAAGAGAAAAAAAUAGAAUGGCACUUUCUGUUGCUUUUCCCAGCUGACACAUCAAAAUGGCAUAAAAAAGCGCUUACGAAUGUAGUGACUUUAAAAAUUUUGCCUCAAUUUUGUUGUAACGCGUGUGCUAUUAAUUAUAUAUCGUGACAUGGCUGUGCCAGUGUUGUGAUUAAACUCUGAGAAGUGUGAAUGCAUAAUCACAGCAUACUUUUCCUUUUCUUGGUAUUUAGAGAUAUUAUAAUUGCAAAUAAAGCUGCCAAACCUCCAUUUUCACCCGUGUCUGUAAUGCAAUGACAUUUGAUAUGCAGUGGCAUUAUGUAAUCGGUAUACCGCGUGACUUAUUUUUCAACACCGCUGUAAAAGUAAGACCGUUCAGUUUUUUCCAUCUACUACAGUGAAAAUAAGAUAGUUAUUAACGUCCCUUAGAGCUAGAAAGCAGAAAAAGUUGGGUGCUAUGUUAGUUUCUAUUUUCUGACGGUCUACCAUCAAUCAUGGUCUACCAUUCUGCAACAGUAAGAAAUAUGAUAUAUCAUUAUAUUUAUCUGAUAUGAUGGUAGACCGUCGAUGCACGCAAAUUCCUGACGUUGCUAUGCUGGAAAAUUACUAUUUUUGGGGACAGUGACUUCUUUUUUGCAAAGAAAUACAUUUUGUUACCAAGUAUAGAAUACAAGGCCACGUUAUAUGUGAGCUCUCGCGGCUAUGUUAGUGAAAUACGCGUGUGAAUUUUCACUUUAUCUGAUCACUAGCCACACUCAGGCUUCAAAAUCGAAACAAAGUUGUAAGACAACCAAAACGUAAACAUAAAUCCAAACUUGUGUUAAGUAAAAUAAAGUCCACAACAGCUCCUUUUUAGUGUAACUUUUCUUUCCUGUAAAUGGCAGGUGAUAAAAGAGGAACCAUUUGCACGUACUUAUCAGAAACAACAACAAAAAGCUAUCUCCUUGAUCCAGCGGGGCAUCUUAGGUCACUUUCCUUUCAUAAAUAAACGUCUUUUACCCGAGUUCGAAGAAAAUAUAUUAUUUCGCAUCUUUUUAGUGUGUCAGGACAAAAAGCCCCUUUCGCUGCAGCUUACUCAAGAUGGUGUGGCAUCUUUUGCCAUGCACUCCCUUUAAAAGCCCAAUUUCGAGCAAAUUACCACAUAAACAAAAGUGGAAAAAACUGCCGUUUUUGUCUUGCCAUUUGAAAACACGCAAACCUAGGGAAACGAAAUGCUAUUUUUUAUAACCACCUCCUUAGGUGCAAAAAGUGCACUACGUUUCACCCUGUUUAAUAAUUGGGCACCACUGCUAUAGAGGUAUGAAGGACUCAUACAACCAGUUGCAAAAAUGUUGAGACACUCUCACAAAAAACACAACCUGUCUUGCUUCAAAUCUCUGCUAGUCACAGGUAUGUGAGGUAAUUUGCUGAGCCCCCCUCCCCCCCCCCAUUCAAAGUUGUUCCUACAAGUUUUGAGCGUGGUCUUGUACUGCUAGCAACUUUGAAAAGGGGUGGUGGGGGGCUCACAAGCACAAGAUCAUGGACAGUCCAUUUAAGCCAAAAUACGGUACAGUGUCUCAAGUACUUUUGCAACUGGUUGUAGCAUAAUGUACAAAAGCCUAAGCGAAAAACGUCGGCUUUGAAAACUGAAACAAUGGCGGCUGAAUCUCGUUUUGCUAGCUUAAGUUGUUUUGUCGCGAUAUUUUUGACCAACUAGAUGGAUUUUGCUAAAACAAUGAUAUACACAACAUGUACUAUUCCUCUUGCCCUUCUUUGGCCUCAUUGGUGCUUGAGGAAUUAUUAUUAAUUAGUUCCAGUGUCAACAAAAGGAACCAUUGCGUAUCACGAGUGUGGAAACUGAAUUGAACAACACAGUAAACAAACUCAUAUUUAAUUCAACGACUUUAUUCACAGUUAGGUAGGUACAAUCAGCCUGCGAAUGGUGAGGAGUAAGGAAAGAAGGCUGUAUUGGCAGUGAAAAAUGAGGUCAAAACAGUAAAUGAGUGUCAUAAACAACGGUCAACCUGAAAUAUACAUUGUGUACAGUCGCAAUUGAACAAUGUCUUAUAUUCUAUCCGGGUUCAAUGACCAAAGGCCGUUGAUAUGUAAUAGAAAAUAAUGAAAAAGUUUAGUUUACCACUGUAGUUAAAAGGCUAUUGAAGGCUUUCAGAUGACAAGCAACGUAACAUGCUUGGGAACUUAUAAAAAUAUAAAAAUCAUGCACUGGAAUGAAACCUGAAUAAACUUAAUUUGCAUGGAUUUCUAGACUUUGCUAACACUUGUAUCUUCCCGAAAACUUGUCCGACUUUGCUAACACUUGUAUCUUACCGAAAACUUGUCCGGCACUAAGCUGAGAUCAAGCUCUACUUUCAUCUUCCGUAGUAAAACAAUUCCCGGCUGGCAAGGCAAAUCGAAAAGUCUCACAGUUAGUACAUUUCUCGUAUACUUAAAUUGAGUGUGCUUGCGAAUCGCCUGCGAUUAUAACGUAAAUGUUAUCACCUGAAAGAAAUUCAAUGCCUGUCAAAACUACUUGUACUCCUCCCACUUCUGGACUAGUGGUCUUAUUUCCAGACAAUGAAACGUGGAUGAUUUUUUUUAAAAAUUGCUUUAUCCAAACUCUGUCUCACUGUUUUUACAAUAUUCUCAAGAUGAAAGACCAUCUGAGGAAUAUUCUAGGGGGAAUUAACCUCUUUUAAUUAAGUAAGCUUACUAUAGUAUUUCUGGAGUGUUAGCUUAAAUCUUCAGUGUUGAGGGGAAAGCAGUAAAGGAAGGCCAACUCAAAGUGUCAAAACCUAUCAUAAUCGCUCAAAAUUAACCACUUGUCAGGUGAAAGGAUGACAAUAUACUGCAGGUAUAAGGAAAUACAUUAUUUAUUUAGGAUCCAUGCACACAUUUAGACGAAGCAAACAGUAACUUCAAUAAGCUUACAUUUUUUACUAUUCUGAGUUUUGCCUCUAUUUAACAACACAGUUGAAGGUUUCACAUUUCGAUACACAGUAGAUAAAGGUUCGAGCUCAUUUUAACCAUCUUACCUGAGGGGAGACUUUGUCUGGGACCGAGAAGCCUUUGUUCUCACAACUUGCAAAGUAGUCACCUUGUGCAGUAUUUUUUGCACAGUAAAUAUUUUAGAAGUGAGAAGCAAUGACUAAAUGAAAACCAUACAGACAACAUGUACUAGUGUUGUGAAAUGAACUAACUCAGAAUGAUCUAAUCGUGGAACAAAGUGACCGGAUACCUCAACUCCUUCACUGACGGUAGUCUGUUCCAAUGACAAUCAAUAGUUACCCGGGGAAAAAUUUUUCCUCAUUGAUUUCUAUCAACUGGUAUUGGAAAUAAUUGAUUUUCACUGAUCAUAAAUGUUCUCGGUUCAUUGAUUGGGGGCAGUGCAUUGUUCAGACAACAGCAGCAUUCAUUGGAAAGAGUCCACAAGGUCUUUCAUGGAGACAUAAAUUAUUCCUCUUUAUGUCAUAUUUACAAGUAUAUUGUGAAGAUCAAUGGUCAGUGCACGAUGUGUUGGUCUGUCGUUGAACAUUAUUGCCAUUUCUCUAUACAGAUCAGCAAUGAAUUUAACUUCUUCUAAUUUCCUAAUUUAGAUCACUACGAUUCAGAUUGGUGUUGUUCACUUCAGCAUAUUUCUGAUGCAUGAAAAUGAAAUCCAUAAAACUCUGGGAGGGGAGUAGUCGACCAAUAUUUGGGUUUAGGUGAGCUGAUGAGGGUUUGAAACCCUGACCCUGUUUAGGACAAAAAAAUCCUAAAAUGCAAACCCUUAAUUUUCAUUAGGACAAAGGACAAAAUGCACACCGUCUUGUUUUAAAGCCAGGGAUACAACUUUGAAGUGGCAGGGUAUUCUCAGUUACUCCCCAAGCUCUAAGCGACCAGUCAUAAUUUAAGUUGGAGGAGGGGGGGCGGUGGAGGAGAAAUUGGGGGGCCUUCAAUUUUUCUUCAAGUUUCUUUUAGGUAGCAUCCCUACUGAGCAGCAUGAUGCUUGAGUAUUAAAGGACCUGAUUUAGAUUCAGUUUUUCACAAAGUCCUAUAUUGUGUAAUGCUAAAAGAAUUUAAUCAGCAUCUUGACAAAAAGAUUUAAUGCUCAAAUAGCAGGUGCAUCAACACAACAUCCAUUAUUGUGUAACACUGAAACAAUUUCAUCGGCAGUUUAACAAAUGAUUACAUGCAUAAAGUCAUGUUAUGCAAUCUCACUAUCCGAAUCAUUUUUUGUAGAUGAGGUUGAUGUGGACUCACUGUCUGUGUCACUGUCAAGUUUUUUGCUAUUAGAACAUGUACUGCUCAUAUAAAAAGCAGCAAGCUUUGGCUGAUUAUCUUCUUUCUUCCUUGAUCGGUCCUGUCGGCCUCUAACCUUUUGAUGGCUUGUCUUAUCUCAAUUAUAACACAAUCACUGAUAUAUCCUUGCACUAUAAGCUGUUUGAGAGGCUCUAGGUGAAAUCUCUUUUUCAGUUUAGUGUGAAGUGCAUCUCUGUUGCUAGUGAGCACAUUCGGAAGUGACAGUGAGUAAGAAUGGUAAAGUAAAGAAAAUGUUAAUUGUUAUUACCAUUUGGGUAUUAUGUAAGAAAGGGGGCCCCUUAAAUCUUUUAACAUGAUUGAAGGGGGGUACCUAAAAAACAUGGGUGCUAUUAGUAGGGGUCUGGAAAUAAUUUGGGAUAGAAAACAAUUUCUCCUCCACCACCACGCCCCCCUCCAACUUAAAUUAUGACUGGUCCCUAAAUAUGAGCAUCGGCAUUGUUGCAUAACAUUCAAAAUCUAAGGAUCAGUAUGGUGACAAAACAUAUAAACAUAUCAUUUCUGUAAUUUUGAAUAUUAUCGAAAGAUUUCAAUAAAAAUGGUCUACUCCGUACUUAAAAUGUGUGUCAUCUUUCCUGUGAGGUCCAGUGAUCAAUUUAUGGCCGUUUUAUGUUUUUUUUUUAGAAAAAACCGAACAGAGGUCAAUCAUUGAAACACUCUGUGAAUUGUUUUAACAAAUAGCAUGUUAAAGCUCAGCUUAUGUUGGUACAUGUUUACUUAUAGAAAUUGCCUGUUUCGUUCUUUGGGAGAUCAGAUUGAUGGAGACCAUACAAGUCAUGCCCGUCACCGAAGAGAAACAGUUAAAUAUAUGAGAGACCAUAGAGAUGAUUUUGAACCAUUUAUGGAGGACAACAUAACAUUUGAUCAACACUGUAAGUAGUGACAUUUGAACCAAACCCUUUAGUGAGUAUUAGGAAAUUAUGAAAUUAAAUUAUGUUUAAAGGUACUUUAAAUUAUGAGUUGCCAACUUGCGUGUCUAGCAGUGCAUCAAAUUGAAUAGCUAUUAGUACAGGUAAUCACAUGAUUUUGAGUGCAAUUUUGAAUAAAUAAGCACAAGUAAAUUUUUUCAAAAGCUAACAAAAUUGCCCGAGCCCAUAGGGCAAAUGCAAUUUGUGGUCUUUGAAAAAUUUAUGAGUGCUUAUUUAUUCCAAAUUGCACAAGAAAAAUCAUGUGAUUACUUAUUAAUAAUGUUCAUGAAAAAAUUGCGAGAUAGCUUUAAAAUCUCUUUAAUAGGGAGUCAACACGUGUAAACUAUGUGCAAAAAUAAAUUAUUUAAAUGCUGCAAAUAUCGUCACACGUGCAGUCAAAACAACAUUUUGCUCCAUGUUUUUAAAGUUUGCAAGCUGCAGAAACGGGCUGAACAGUUCAUGGAAUUGUUCAAUGUGUUUGAAUUAAAGAUUCUGGGUUAUUACCUCAAGUUUUCCGCUCUUCCAGAGAAGUUCUUCUUCCUCCUCUGAUACUUGCUGAGCUUUGUUUGGGCACUUACCACAGCCAGCCAAGCAAAGCUGUUUUGCUUUGUCCUCCAACACCUCUUUGGACAAACUAAAUUCCCGGUCACGUUCUCGGUGCAGCCUUUGUUCUUUAAGUGUCUAUCAAGCGAUGCCAUCAUUACUUUAAGGCUUUCUGGUUCAUAAUCUUCACCCUUUUUAUUGUUUACUUUGGCGUAGAAAUGCUCGAGCAAAGUGUUAAGCUCAGCCCGCUCAUAAUUUUCUGUCAUGAGUAAUUUUUUAUUUCCUUAUCUACGCACCAAACAAAGAGCCAAAAACCAGUGCUUUUCACAAUGUUUGCGUUUUUGGAGCAGUUUUUCUUCUCCUCUACAGUUGUUUUAGUUGCAAAACCAAAUGUGCUGCAAACACCAACCAUUGCGGUUUUUGCACGAAACUGGUCCGCAGCGGAUCCAAAUUUUGCGCCAUUUAGAUGGCGCAUUUGAUUGGGUCUUAGUGAGUUCCUUUGUUUAUUAGCCAAUCAGAAUGUCACGUUUGUUACUCUUUCUGCACUCAAUUACCUUUUUUCUGCACCGUGUUACCCAAAAACUGCAUUCCUCUUAGCAAAUCACAAUUGAGAAACUUUUUCAUGUAUAUUAUUAAGAUAUAAAACAUAAAAUAAAAAAACAAUAGUGUGUAAAUGUACAAAACUUAUUGUAAAAGUGGCUUACAGUCAAACCCUGCUUUACAGACACCUCAUUAUCACGGACAGUUUUCUUUGUCCCUGGGAAAAGCCCUUAUAUUUUCUCCAAAUUCAACCUGCUUAAUAUGGACACCCGUUAUGUAGAAAACGGUUUUGAUUAAGUAAUACGUAGAUGAUCGAUUUUUGAGUGUUUCUAUGGAUUUUGUCUAUGGAAUGAUGGCUUUGUGAGGGUUUAGAGAUGUUUAAUUUGGCAAUGCUAAUGUUCUUCAUUCUUACUCAAGGAUUAUAAAAGGUGUUUGUUUUACUUUAAUAACAUGACUCACUUAAUAAAGUUCUAAACCCAAUAAUACAGACACAUUCUAUAGCCCCUUCAGUGUCCCCAUCAACAGGGUUUGACUGUACAUUUCCAAGAAGAACAAGUUGCUAUGGGAGCGUACACUUUGGCAUCAUGGUACAAGUGGAUUAAUUGUGAAUGCGGAGGAAUAGUAAGAAAAUGAUAUUUUUCCGGAUACCCUUCCAUACAAAUACCCUUACUUUUCUCCUUUUGUGUAACAGACAUCUUAACUUCUUCACCGGAAGUCUGCUAGGUGCAUAACCACGUGGCUGUAACCCAUUAUUUUUGAUUAUAAUGUCUGUCAUAAAUAAAUUGCACACGACGAGAUCUCAGUUCCACUUCCUUUAUCUCCUCCACAACAACACUUUCCUUAAACAUGUACAGUUAACUUCACACCCUCUCCAGCAAUGGAGCUUACUAACAUCGGUACACUCCCUGACAAAACUUGCCGAGAAUGCACAAUCUCCACACUAGGUAAGGUAAGGUAAUGUAGCACCUUUAUUUAAAGAGGGUAAACACGAAAAACUGAUAAACUUGUGGCCCACUAUAAAACAUAAAAACAAAAUUGAUAUUAAAAUAAUUUUACACUGUCACUAUAAAAAGAUAAAAGUUAACAUUAAUAGACACAAUUUAGAAUUAGAAUUUUUAACUAUUUAAAAACUAUUAACUGUCUAAAACAAGUUAUUUUACGGACUUAAUAUUUAAAAGAAUCAUAUUCAAAAUUACCUGCCUCUUUUUGCUUAGCAAUCAAAUUUGUAUACAAUUUCCUUUUUAAAGAUUUUACAUUUUUUACCUUCUUUACGUCCAUGGACAGUUCGCUCCAAUUUCUAAUAGUUCGCACACUAAAGGUAAAGCCUCCUUCUGUGUUUUGCUUAAAAACAGGACAAUGAAAAUUCAAAUUUGCAAAACGAGUGGAUCAGUUACGAAUCUCAGAAUUUGUCUUUAAUAUAGAAUUAAUAUAAUCUAGAGUUUUACCCUCUAUUCUCUUAUUGACGUAAAGGCUAUAGAACAUCUACUUAUAUAUGCCUCCAUAAAAAAUGGAAUCCAGUUAAGUUCAUUAAACAUACAAUGUGGUAAAUGUGCGUGUUGUUCUUUUGGCAUCCAAUAUAAUGCGUGCAGCUCAGCUCUUCUGCAUCCGUAAGACUCUUUGUAGCAAUUCUUUAUUACAUGAUGACCAGAUUGGACUCAGGUACAGCAUAAAUGACUUUUAGUCAUAGAAAAUUAACUUGUGUCUUUGCUUGAGAUAAGGACUAAUAAAAUUAUGCCUCAAAAGUCCAAGUCAUUUUGACAGUUUCUUAGGUAAUUCAUCUAUGUGUGCUUCAAAGCUAAGAUCUUUAUCAACGAUUAAACCCAGUAACUUGUGAUAAGAUAACUGGUCGAUAUUUGUGGCGUCAAGGCGUAGUUUUAAGGUGGCUGUUUCCUCACUAAACUUAUGUUGUAACCUUUUUCUCGCAACAAGUGACGCUUUAGUCUUCUCAGUAUUAAUGACAUUUUGUUUUCAGUUGACCAUUUCUCGAUAUUCUCCAAGUCAUUAGAAAGAACCUGAGUGAAAGAAGUGAUAUUAUUCCAGUUUGCACUCAAGGACUGAGGAUAG